AUGCCUCCCGGGGAACAGAGCUACACCCUCUCCGUCACAGCAGGUCCCGGCUACAACCCUUCAACCCACAGGCCAGUCGCCGUCAACUCCUCCGUUCCCCACCUCAUAGAAACAGAGCACGCCACCAUCGACCUCCGUGUUCGCAUACAAGAGUACACAGGCCUCCCCCGGAACUCCCCGCGCACCUGCCCAUACUUCUCCCACCCCGCCCACACAAACGACCAAUACUCCAUCGCCAUCUCCUUCGUCCCCAAGCGCGCGAUUCCUGGUGCAGAGCUUGUCUUCGGCAACGAUUUCGACCGCCCCAUCCGCGACAGGUUGCCGCCGGGUACAAACCAGGCGCUGAAGUUUGUUAAGUGGGCUAUUGACCCCGGGUUAGAAGGGGAUGCGUAUGCGGAUAAGCCGUAUUUGUAUGGGGCGGCAUUGUCAAGUUGGAAUUAUUUGAGGACCCGUCGAUAUCGCUAUCCCUUCUCUUCUGUUUUCGAAGAGAUUAGGAGUGUUGAUAAUGGGGAUGUGUACGCAGAUUUCUCCCUCCGCCUCCCCGGCUUCAGCAUUAAGGUAGCUAAAUACAUCGAUGCAAAGAACCAUCAACUUCGCUAUGUGCUGAAGAAUAAAAGCACAGGCGAUGUAUAUUUUGUGGUGUUGUUUACGUUGCUUUUGGGUAAGGCUGGUGCUCGUGAUUGUGACGAUAACGCAUUCGAGAAUGUUGAUGUCGACGAUGAGGGAAAAAAUGAAAAAGGUAAUAAUAACGAGACGUGGUAUGACGAGGACGACGAGGGCGUCGAUUGA